CAGAGUUGCUGAGUCAGAUUGCACCCGCUUUACAGCUUCAGUACUUCAGGUUCAUGUUCAAGAAAGGGCGUGUUCCCCGCAGGCUCUCCGCAGUUAUUGCUCUCCCUCAUGUAUGACCUGUACAACAGUGCGAACGAUGGUGCACACGUUCAAUCUGCUUGACCUGCCGCAGGAGAUUAUCCUUUACAUUCUGUCAUUUCUGGAUUUGCCUGACCUCGCAACUCUCUCCAAACUUCAUGGAUAUCUCGCUCUGCUGGCAGCUGACCCAGUGCUGCAUCUCAUACGACUCCGAGUAGUCGCGCCAUCACGCGUCGGCCAUUCCCUAUUCGCGCGAAGCCCUCACGGCACCUUACUCAGACCAACCAUCACGGAUCUUGUGCACAGGCAUGUCAUCCGUGGACAUAACAUCGAAAGAAGAUUGCGCAUGGGCUUGUACAUUUAUACAGAACAUUCUGUGGGUCAGUACGACAGCGGCCUGCGACUACAACGCGAACGUAUUGCUCUUAUCAUUUCCUCUCAUCUUCGAAGACGCGUGCCUGCGUCUGCUGGCCUCAAGUUGUUGUAUCACUCCCAUAUUCUGCCUGACGUCGAAUCGUCGUUGCUCUCUGUUUCACGGUCUUUGUUACCUGUGGUCAGAAAGCUCAAGUGGUCCAUUCAGCGAGACAAGUUGGCCAACGAGGUGCGGGGUUUGAACGGUGGUGCCCUCGGGAAUUCGGCACUUCCAUUUACUGGAAACUUGGGUGCUUGGAUUGAGCUGAAAGGGCAGGGUGUUGUAAAGGACUGUGAACGGGUACGCCUGGCGUUAUGCCCGGAUGUGCGUAGGAUGGUGAGGUUUUAUGAAGGCUUGGGACACUGAACAUUAGUUGUUAUUUUAUGUUGUUCGCUUUAUGUUUUCGUAGGCAGUCAACGGUGUAUUAUGCAUGACUGAAUUU